UGUGUUUCUACACGGACUCGGUCCCUCUACGCGGCUGCAUGUGUCCCGUCUUCCACCGCGGUUCCAGCGUGUGUGAGUUUGUUUGUAUAGACUCCGGUAAUCAUGCCGGGAGGCGGCAGCUGCUUGUUCUCCGGGUUUCGGGUUGUCGGCCUUUACUCGGACCACGUUCCGCAUGCGAUCCGGUACCACCUGAAGCACCGAGAGUUCUACGUGGUGACGUCAGUCGGACGAAGCUUCCACACGUUUAACGUGAGCCGAUUGGGGAUCGUUUCAGUCAGUAACAGUCUGAAAGAUGACAUCAGUUGCUUGGCAGCUGACAGGAUGCUCGUGUUUGCUGCUAGCGGGCGGACGGUGUACGCAUUUGCCAGAAACAAAGAGGUGGUGAUUCAAUACGUUGGUCACAAACAGAACGUGUGUCUGCUGCUGCCAAUGGGCGAUCAGCUAAUCUCUUCUGACAACAGUGGUGAUGUCAUAGUGUGGGACGUCCAGGGAGGAGACAUCUACUUGCAGCUGCACUUUGAUCCGAACACCUUUGAUAUAUCUGCCAUGAUGCAUCCCAGCACUUACCUGAAUAAAGUGCUGCUGGGCAGCUCCCAGGGUGCACUGCAGCUCUGGAACAUCAAGACCAGUAAGCUGCUGUACGUGUUUCCUGGAUGGUCGGCUGGAGUCACCGUUCUGCAGCAGAGUCCUGCGGUGGAUGUGGUUGGUGUUGGCAUGGCAACGGGCCGCAUCGUCAUUCACAACAUCCGACUGGACGAGACGCUCAUGAGCUUUACGCAGGACUGGGGACCAAUCAGCUCACUGGCCUUCAGGACAGAUGGCCCACCCAUCAUGGCAUCAGGCAGUCCUCAGGGCCACAUUGCAUUUUGGGACUUAGAACGCCAGCAGCUGAUAAAUCAGCAGAGACACGCCCACAAAACAGCUGUUGCUGGAGCAACGUUCCUGCAUGGAGAGCCGCUACUGGUCACCAAUGGAGCCGAUAACGCCAUCAAGGUGUGGAUCUUUGAUCAAGAGGGAGGUGGAGCCAGACUUCUGCGUUGUCGUCAGGGCCACAGCGCCCCUCCUACAACCAUCCGUCACCAUGGUAACGACGGAAAGAACAUCCUCAGUGCUGGUCAGGAUGGGACGCUGCAGUCGUUCUCCACCGUGCAUGAGCGCUUCAACAAGAACCUGGGUCAUGGUUCCGUCAGCAAGAAGAAAGAAAAAAAGAAGAAGAAAGGUCUUUCAUACGACGAGCUGCGACUUCCUGCAAUAACAGCAUUUUCCUCAGCUGUCGCUCGUCAGUCAGACUGGGAUGGCAUUGUUGCUUGUCAUCGCAAUCGCUUGACUGUCACCACGUGGAACUACCUGCGGUGCACCAUGGGAGCUCAUCAGCUGAAGCCCCCGGGACCCAGAGGAGAAGCCAUCGCCACGGCUGUUGACAUCACUUCCUGUGGAAACUUUGCUGUGAUUGGCUCGUCGUGUGGCCGUGUUGAUGUCUAUAACCUGCAGUCUGGCCUGCACCGUGGUUUCUACGGUGACAAUGAGAAAGCUCACAGAGGUGUGGUGCGAGGUGUUGCCACGGAUACACUGAACCAGCUGACUCUCACCUGUGGCUCUGAUUGGCUGCUAAAGUUCUGGCGCUUUAAGAAAAAGACUCUACAAGGAGAGCUGAAGCUGAACGCGGCACCAGCUAGCAUGAGGCUUCACAGAGACAGCGGGAUGCUCGCCAUGGCACUGGAUGACUUCACACUCAUCGUGGUUGACAUCGAAAUGCGAAAAGUUGUCAGGAAGUUUGGAGGUCACCAUGGCAACAUAACCGACAUGACCUUCAGCCCUGACAGCCGCUGGCUGGUCACCGUUGGGAUGGACUGCACCAUCCGUACCUGGGACCUCCCGUCUGGAAGCCUGGUGGACUGCUUUCUGGUUGCCAUGGCGCCUGUGGGCGUGUCUAUGUCUCCGACCGGAGACUUCCUGGCAACGGCUCAUGUGGACAGUCUUGGCGUUUACCUCUGGGCCAAUAGGAGUCUUUGUGGGCCUGUGGGGCUCCACCCCCUUCCAUCUGACUACCAGCCAGCAGAGGAGAUGCUGCCAGGUGUCUCCACAGAAGAAACAUUGCAGGACAUUUCUUUAGAAGAUGCUGAUGAUGUGUAUCAGUCAGCUGCACAGCUGGGGGCGGAGCUUGUGACACUGUCCCUGCUGCCAGAGUCCCGCUGGAAAAGUCUACUACACCUGGACACCAUCAAGAAGAGGAACAAACCUACAGCGCCCCCUGUGGCUCCGCCCACUGCCCCCUUCUUCCUGCCAACAGUUCCUGGUCUCACACCUAGAUUUGAGUUACCUCUAGGAACCACGCAUGAUGCACAGUCAAAGGUCCUGCCCUGGGGUUCUUUGGCUCAGAGGUCUGAGUUCAUUUCAUCUCUAGAGUCCGCUCUGCAUUCCGGGUCAUUUGAUGUGCCGCUGCACCUCCUGAGAGACUGUGGGCCGUCAGCGCUGUCUGUGGAACUUGCCUCUCUGACAUCAGAAGGAGGCGGGGCUAGCAGCCUCUUGGUUGGCUUCAUUAGAAUGAUUGACAGCAUGCUGGCGACUGGACGAGACUUUGACCUGAGUCAUGCCUACUUGGCUCUUUUCCUGAAACUCCAUCUGCGCACUCUUUCUCAGGAUGCUGUUGCCAUGGCAGCGUUGCUCCAGCUCUCAUCCAGGCUGGAGGCUGGAUGGGCAGAGCUUAGAUCAUCAUUCAACCAGUCAUUGUGUUUGCUGUCAUUCACAAAGAGUGCAAUGCUGUGACACACACACACACGCUUACGUGCACACACAUAUGUGCAGAGUCAGAUUGUGUUUUAAUAAAGUUUCUGGUUUUUGAA